CUUAGAUAUAAGACGCGUCGGUUGUAGGUACACGCAUUCGUUAUCUCACGUUGGACGGUCGUGCACCGCUAUAUUAAUUCUAUUCUAUCCGAUUCCAAUAUAACUAUGUAUAAAUUGAUAAUUGUGUUGGUGGUGUCCGCCGCGGUACUCGCGGAAGGAAGACCGUCGCUAGCAAAGGAAUUGGUUGAGUCGGCUAAAUCUGGAAAUUGGGAUCUUUUUCACGAACUUGUGAGACAGCAACACGCUCUAGCUGACUGGGCGUUCGACUUCACCAGCGACGUAGAAAACCUGAAGCCUGUUGACGGAGCAAAUGUCAGCGGACAUUCGAUAAUCGUCACCAAGCAAUGGAGUGACGAUGGAACGAAUCAUUCAGAACACGGAGAAGGGCGCGAAGUUAUCAACGACAAUGGCCAGGUCACGGUGCGUCGGUUCCAAAUCUAACAUAACAUAACAAACACAACAAACAAAUUCAUAAAAUAUUAACUUCAAAUUCAGUCGAUGCAAUGACCUCGUCUUAAAAUAUAAGUAGCAAUAAAUCAACAGAUUCAAAAUAGCUUUAUAAAAUGACGUGAUUGAUGUUAAUUUUUUAAAUAAUCUAGAGAUAUAUCAUAUCAAUGUGAGAUAGCGGAGACGAAGGGUGUUCUGUUAAAUAAAUAUAAAAGUUGUUGCCCAAGACUAAUGAUUAUCCUCAUCUUAAUAUUCUUAUUACUAUUACGUAACAUGCUAUAAACUUCGCAAUUAUAAAUUUAUAUUUACAGUAAAAGUAGUGUUGUUAA